GAAAAAGGCGCCCAAUCUGUUGAUCAGCCAGCUGAGAUAAGAGCGGAGAGAGUAGGAUAAAAAAGGGGGGACAUAAACAAUGAAUUGAUGCAGCCAGACAAACAACAACUCACUUUUACUGUUUAAUGUAAAAUCCGACAAGCAAACAGCAAAAACACAACAUUCCCUACAAAACCACUAGUGAGUAUUUUGUUAUUAUUAUAAUAAUGAUUUUAUUAUUGGGCACAACAACCAAAGCCAGCUUUAAUUAUGCAAUCUCUUAGACACGCUCAGCCCACUCCCCCCACUUCUCCUCUUUCUUACAGUCCUUAGUGUUGGACUAUUUUCUCUCUCUUUAUUUUUUUGUAAAUAUGGUAUUUGUAUUAGUGAUCAGGUUUUUUUUUUUUUUUUUCUUCUAAUUCUUGCAAAGCUGGGCUGCAUUGUUCUGCCUAAAAUUCCAAACCCCGCCCCGUUCUUUGUCUAGCCGUUCUGUGAUUGGCGAAGCCGGGACUGGGCUGCCGUCAUGCCUUAGCAAGCCCAUUCAUCUGUGCACUUGGGCGUUGGACACUGCAUCUUAUUAGCGAGCAGGGAGAUUUCUCCAUUUUCCUGUUGUACCUUUUUAGCACAGCUACAAAUCUUGGGGAUCCUAAUAUUUUUUUUUAUAUAUAACCAUCUAACUCUCAACGUUCCAUCCUAGAAGGACGGGAUAAAGAAGAGGGCAAUAUAUUUUCUCCAGCCAGCUUAAUUGGGUGAAUAUCUUUUGCACUUUGUAUUUUUUUUUUGUUUUGUUUCUUCCCUCCCCUCCUCUUUGCAAAGAGGAGUUGCAGCUGUAUUCCUCCGGCUCUGAUCUCUUUUGUGCCCAGGCUUCAGACACCAGCCACAUCUCUUUGUCUCCUUUUCCUGUGUGCCUGCCUUCAGUAGCUCUCUCUACUUUGUAAAAAGAGAAAAUAUUAUAGCUAUAUUUUUGUGGUCUUAUUCAAUCUGCAAAUAUACAACUUUUUUAUUAUUCAGUACGUAUAGAUAAUAGCAUAAAUAUAUAUUUUAUAUAAAAUCUGAUCUUGUCUCUGGGAGUGACUUCUGCCUUUGCCUUUUGUUGGAUAUACAGACAGCAAUGGGAGCCCAAUUCUCCAAGAGUCCAUCCAAAGGUGAAGCAGCCACCGCUGAGAAACCAGGGGAAGCAGUAGCAGCAUCUCCAUCCAAGACUAAUGGCCAGGUAACUGCAUCUGUUGCAUCCUUGUCUAGAGAUUACUUGUGGGUUUAAAAAAAAAAAAAAAAUCUUUUUUUUUUUUUUUGCUGGGAUGGGGGGGUGAUUAACAUGUUACUGCUACUAUAAUGUAAGUUGCAUUUUCUAUGUACAGUAUGCUUGAUAGAAGUGACAAAUUUAAAUGAUCUGAUGCCCACUGCAGGUUUAAGUUCAUUAUUUUUUUUUAUUUUUUUUUUGUGAGAUCUGAUGUACCUAGAUGUGUUGCGUUCCCUAUAUGAUGCAACGUUUGGUGCCCCCCUCUCAGACUUGGCUCCCACUCCCAUGAUUUCCCCCCCAGUGGCACGUUUUAAUUGUUUUUGGAUAGGGAGGUGGCAGCUAUUAAACUACCUGCUAUGGGGAUUCAUUGCUCUUUCUUGCUUGUUUGUCACUCGCAAUUAUGUCUGGUAUACAAUAUAAUGAUUAUAUCAGAAGAUCGCCUGGGAUUACUAUAGUAGAUUCAUUGUAUGUUGUACUGAUGGCUAGGGAUGUGCCCAUUCUGCUAGCACCAUAGUCUAGCAACAUGUGGCUUGCAAGCUUCAGUGAUCCCCAAUGUAAUCCUAAAUCCUAGCCAUCCAGCUCUGCAUUGUUGUCUCUUUGUCAGGUAGGCACCUGAGAUGGCAGAUGGUAUGGAGUAUUUCAGGUGAUCAGUUCACGGAUUGCAAUAAAAGUAACCUGAUUCAAUGUGUUCCCCCUACCCUUUACGUUUGAUAGAAUAAACUGGUUUAAACGAAGGAAGUAUUGGAGGACGCUAUUGUAUAGUGUUAAAUUUAUUUUCUUUUUCUUUUUUUUUCUUUAUUCCCCUCUUAACAUCUUGUCUGAGAGGGAAAGCCAGGGGCUUUGUCUCCGUUUGCUCCUCGCUAGAGCUGCUGCUGGGAAGGCGUGAUCUGGGAGCUAAUGUUCUUGCAGCCUGCUGAGCUCCCCGGAGCAUUCAGCCGCUGGUGGAGGCACAGCGCCCUCUAGUGUGCGCGCUCGGAAACGCAAUAGAAUGGGCAGAGCCAGAGCUGGGUUUGGAGGCGGGGAUGACGAUAAUGGUGGGAAAUGUUGGUCUAUUUUCAGCUGAGCACAUUGUUACUGUAUUCAGUAACUAGAACGUGCAACUGUAGUUAUCUUUUUUGAAGUAAUGCUUGUAACCUUGAACUGUUUACUUGUCUCUUUGGAAAAAAAUAAAAUUUUUUAUAUAUAUAUAUAUAUAUAUAUAUAUAUAUAUAUAUAUAUAUAUAUAUAUAUAUAUAUAUAUAUAUAAUUUUUGUUUAUUUUAAAACCAGUUUUGUGGUUAAUAGUGUCUGUCUACCUUAAUAGGGUUAUUUAAUUAAAGUGAAUUUCAAAUCUAAGGUAAAUUGGAAAAUUUUUUAUUUAGGUAUACUUCCAAUUUAACGACUUUACCUUAAAUUUUUAGAUUCACUUUGAAUUCUAACUCAACAAUAAACAGAUGGUUUAAGACAUGUUUGCAACCCUUCCCUAAAUAUGAAAGCAUAUCUGGUUUACAAGAAUAACUCGAAUAGCAUAUUACAUCAAGUAGAUUGAAGUUGCCCAUAGGGUUAUGGUUCCCAAUGCAGGCCUGAAGGCACACCUGUGGUCCAGGAUUGGGAUUUUGCUAAUUUGUUGCAGUGGUGGUAUUGCCAAAGCCUGGGCCACCUGUGUACCUUGUACUGGACUGGGGUCUACUGUCCUAUGGUACAAACAAUGUAAAUUAAGAAUAUCUGCUGUAAUGCCUUCUAACCCAGAUGGUGGUUUGUCAUAAUUGGUCACUUGUGUAUUUAAAAUGACCCUCUCUUUUCCUUUUAGGAGAACGGUCAUGUGAAAGCUAAUGGAGAUGCAUCUCCUGCGGCAGCUGAGGCUGGGAAAGAGGAAGUACAGGCCAAUGGGAGUGCCCCUGCCGAGGAGACUCCAAAGGAAGAGGCUGCAGCAGCUGAGGCUGCACCAGAAAAGGAGGCCGCAGCAGCCUCUCCUGCCGAAGGGGAGAGUGCAGAACCAGCCUCUCCUGCUGAGGGUGAAUCCUCUGCCAAAGCUGAAGAAGCAGGGUCCACAUCUACACCUUCCACCAGCAAUGAAACGCCCAAGAAGAAAAAGAAGCGUUUUUCAUUCAAAAAGUCCUUCAAAUUGAGUGGUUUUUCUUUCAAAAAGAACAAAAAGGAGAACAGUGAAGGAGGAGAAAGUGAGGGCGCAGCUGCAUCCACUGAAGCAGCAAAAGAAGGCGCUGCUGCUGCUCCAGAGGCAGCAAGUGAAGAGGCCAAGCCUGCCCAAGAAGAGGCUCCUGCAGCCAGCAGUACAGAGGAGAAAAAGGAGGAGGUUGCAGAAGCAUCUCCUGAACCCCAGGAGGCCAAAACAGAGGAGGCUACACCAGAGAAGCCCUCUGAGGAGGCAAAGCCUACUGAAGAGCAGAAAACUGAGGAAAAACCAGCAGAAGAAGCCCCAGUCCCUAGUGCUGCUCCAGAAGCCCAUUCCAGUGAACCAGAGGCACCCAAAGCUGAAGAGCCAGCAGCUCCUACACAGGAAGCUACAUCCGAAUCCAGUCCAGCAGCUGAGUCAGCAGAGUAAAAGGCAGUUUUGAGAUAAUCAAAGAACUCUUUUCUCCCCUUGUUUGUUUGUUGGAGUGGUGCCAGGUACUGGUUUUGGAGAACUUGUCUACAACCAGGGAUUGAUUUAAAAAGAUUUUGUUCCACUUUUUUUUUUUUUUUUUCUCCUUACAGAUCCCAUCUCAAAUCAUUCUGUUACCACCAUUCCAACAGGCCGAGUAGAGGUUAAAUCAGUCACCGGCCUCAUUCCUUUCUCGCAUCAGUAUUAAUGUUUUUUGCGUACUUUGCAUCUUUUAUUGAAAAUGUAUAAUUUUUUUUCUUUUUUCCUUCACUUAAUGGACUUGCCCAUACAUGAAGGAGAUGGGCGAGUUAACAAGGGGCUUAUCAAAUGAAGUGAUGAGGGGGGCCACACUGGUGUCUAGGUGGUACAUACAUUGCCAAGAGAUUGUGCCACACAGAAUGGGGUUAAGGUUCUGUUUUUUCCUUUUUAGGUUAUGUAUUUUUUUUUUUUUUUCAAGAGAAAGUAAUUUUGUAUUUUCUUUAUAUUGAGGGCAACCUUCUUUAAGGUUUACAACACUAAAGGUCUUUUUACUAAGACAGCAAGCAAAAUAAAACAAAAAAUAAAAUACCCAGAUCAUAGUUUUAGUAAUUCAUUUAAACCAUAGGAACUUUUCACUUAUCUCAUGUUAGCUGUAACAGUCGGUGAUUAAGUAGAAAUAAGAGUUGUAUAGGCUUUAUUGUUUUUUGCUGGUUUAUGACCUUAAUAAAACGUAAUUCUGUAUUACCAGCAGGGUGUUUUUAACUGUGACUAUUGUAUAAAAGGAAUCCUGAUCUCUGAAAGCACAUAAAGUUUGCAACUCCUUUCACCCUGCCCAUUUUUGUAAAACUGCAGUCAUAUUGGACCUUUUAAACACAAAUUUUAAACUCAACAAAGCUGUGAUAAGUGGAAUGGUUACUGUUUAUACUGUGGUAUGUUAAACAUUUUUUGGUUUGUUUUUUUUUUUUGAUUAUGGCAGACAAUGCUUUCUUUUCCAGUUGUCUUUAAGAAUUAAGGAAAAAUCUCUUCAGAUGCAAUGGUUUUUGUGUAGCAUCUUGUCUUACAUGUUUUGUAAAUACUGGAGAAGCUUUGACCAAUUUGACUUAGAGAUGGAAUGUAACUUUGCUUACAAAAUUGCUAUUAAACUCUUGCUUAAGGUGUUCUAAUUUUCUGUGAGCACACUAAAAGCGAAAAAUAAAUGUGAAUAAAAUGUAUGAUAUGUA